AUGAACCUGGAGGCGGGCAGCCGGGGCGCAGAGUUCGGCAUGAGCGCGGUGAGCUGCGGCAACGGGAAACUCCGCCAGUGGCUGAUCGACCAGAUCGACAGCGGCAAGUACCCCGGGCUGGUGUGGGAGAACGAAGAGAAGAGCGUCUUCCGCAUCCCGUGGAAGCACGCGGGCAAGCAGGACUACAACCGCGAAGAGGACGCCGCCCUCUUCAAGGCCUGGGCGCUAUUUAAAGGAAAGUUCCGAGAAGGUAUCGACAAGCCAGAUCCUCCUACUUGGAAGACAAGAUUACGAUGUGCUCUGAACAAGAGCAAUGACUUUGAGGAAUUGGUAGAGAGGAGCCAGCUGGAUAUUUCCGACCCGUACAAGGUAUACAGGAUUGUUCCAGAAGGAGCCAAAAAAGGAGCGAAACAGCUCACUCUGGAAGACACACAGAUGGCCAUGGGCCACCCCUACCCCAUGACAGCCCCUUAUGGCUCACUGCCAGCCCAGCAGGUUCAUAAUUACAUGAUACCACCUCACGACAGAACCUGGAGGGAUUAUGCUCCUGAUCAGCCACACCCAGAAAUCCCCUAUCAGUGUCCUGUGACGUUUGGCCCCCGCGGCCACCACUGGCAAGGCCCAUCUUGUGAAAAUGGUUGCCAGGUGACAGGAACCUUUUAUGCUUGUGCCCCACCUGAGUCCCAGGCUCCUGGAAUCCCCAUAGAGCCAAGCAUAAGGUCUGCUGAAGCCUUGGCGCUCUCAGACUGCCGGCUGCAUAUCUGCCUCUAUUACCGGGAUAUCCUAGUGAAGGAGCUGACCACAUCCAGUCCCGAAGGCUGUCGGAUCUCCCACGGACAUACCUAUGAUGUCAGCAACCUGGACCAGGUCCUGUUCCCCUACCCAGAGGACAAUGGGCAGAGGAAGAACAUUGAAAAGUUGUUGAGCCACCUGGAGAGGGGACUGGUCCUCUGGAUGGCCCCAGAUGGGCUCUAUGCCAAAAGACUCUGCCAGAGCAGGAUCUACUGGGAUGGGCCCCUGGCAUUGUGCAGCGAUCGGCCCAACAAACUAGAAAGAGACCAGACUUGCAAGCUCUUUGACACGCAGCAGUUCCUAUCAGAGCUGCAAGUGUUUGCUCACCACGGCCGGCCAGCACCGAGAUUCCAGGUGACCCUGUGCUUCGGCGAGGAGUUUCCAGACCCCCAGAGGCAGAGGAAGCUCAUCACGGCUCAUGUGGAACCUCUGCUAGCCAGACAACUGUUUUAUUUUGCUCAACAAAACAGUGGACACUUCCUAAGGGGCUACGAUCUCUCUGAACACAUCAGUGCUCCAGAUUACCACCGAUCCGUUCGUCAUUCUUCCAUUCAAGAGUGA